CCCCCGGGAGUCGGGACUUUCUCUCUCGUGCGCCGUUUUCCGUUUGGACGCGAGACACAGAUACAACUAUUGUUCAUUCAGAAACCUCCCGGCGUAUAAAUCCUGGACGAGCUUUGGCUGCGAGUUAUUUCACCUGGAAGAUCAAACUCAGGACACAACUCCGCUGCGCUCACUGAGAGAGAGGAGCGUCACUACAGCGGCCACGAGCCCGCAUCCUGCACCUCUGCAACACAGGAAUAAUGAAGAUGCUCUUGCCUUUGGUGGCUCUACAGCUGCUCCUGGCCCCAGUUUACUCGGGUCCUGGUGGGGACUCGUGGGAUGCCUGGGGUCCUUUUGGAGAGUGCAGUCGGACCUGUGGCAGUGGAGUCACCAUGAGGACCAGGCGCUGCAUCACGCACAGAACUGAUGGAGGUCACAACUGUGUCGGACCUGAGAAGUCGUAUCGCUCCUGUAACAUUCAGGACUGUCCCGAGGGCUCCAAGGAUUUCCGCGAAGAGCAGUGCUCCCAGUUCGACGGCACAGACUUCCAGGGCAAACGUUACAAGUGGCUGCCUUAUUAUGGAGCUGAGAACCCAUGUGAGCUGAACUGUAUGCCUCGAGGAGAGAACUUUUAUUACCGCCAUCGCAGUGCAGUGGUGGAUGGGACACCCUGCCACCCGGGACGCAAAGAUAUCUGUGUGGGCGGAGUCUGCAAGAGGCUUGGUUGUGACAACAUGCUGGAGUCUUCUCAGCAGGAGGACCCCUGCCUGCAGUGUGGGGGCAACGGCCAAACCUGUCGCCAAGUCAAAAGCACUUUCUCCACACGGAGCCUGCCCAAUGGCUACAACCAGAUGUUUGUUAUUCCUGUUGGAGCAACCACCAUCAGCAUAAGAGAAUCAGUGGCCACUCGUAACUAUCUGGCUAUCAAGAACCUGAGGGGUGAAUACUACCUCAAUGGACACUGGGUAAUUGAGUUUUCCAGAGCCACACCCAUUGCUGGGACCGUGCUGUACUACCAGAGAGGUGCUGAGGGCGACAAUGUCCCAGAAACUAUUAUUGGUCGGGGGCCCACCACUGAGCCCCUAGUGGUUGAGUUGAUUAGCCAAGAGCCAAACCAGGGAGUAGACUAUGAGUUUUACCUUCCCAUAGGACGCUCCACUCAGGGAUAUUACUGGAGUUUUGGGUCCUGGUCGACCUGCAGCAAAGAGUGUGGAUCAGGAUACCAGACCCGUUCAGUCUUUUGCACCAUUGAUCAAGAGGCGUACCCCGACUACCUUUGUGCCUCUUUGUCUCGGCCACAGAGCAAUAGAACGUGCAACCCCCAGGAGUGCCCACAAGUCCACAGCUGGAAGACCGGUGAGUGGAACACCUGCUCGGUCACCUGUGGCGGCGGGUCCCAGGUGCGGACAGUGCAGUGUAUUACCCACGAUGCAUCUGGACCCCGUGUAGUAGAGGAUGCUGUGUGUGCUGCUUACUCAGAAGCGCCCCCUACAAUGCAAACCUGCAACAUGCAACAGUGUGCCCAGUACCGCACAACCAGGUGGAGUCCUUGCUCUGCGACCUGUGGGUCUGGAGAGCAGACACGGGAUGUGACCUGUGUUGGGUCUGGGGGCGUGAGGCUGGAGGAGACGGCCUGUGCCACACUGCUGCGGCCCCCCUCCAUCAGAGCCUGUGAGGGCGCCCCCUGUGCCCGGGAGGUCAGCUGGCACGUCGGCGCAUGGACCCUGUGCUCAAGGAGUUGUGGUUCAGGAUCCCGGGAGCGUCAGGUGAUCUGCUCAGACCGGGAGAGACACCUGUAUCCAGUAGGUCAGUGCAGUGCACAGCCCAAACCUGCCACAGUGGAGCGCUGUAACACCCAGCCCUGCUACAGCCCACAGAGUGUCCCCAGUAUUCAGGACCCACGUGGACACGACAGCACACAGACAGGCUUCCAGCCUUAUGUCCCAGAAUCAACAGCUCGAUAUACAGACCUCACAAACACAACCAACACAGUGGACGACCCUCAUAGCUCCGCCCCCGCCAUUCACUGCAGCCAAUCACUUUACGGGUGCUGUCCUGACGGCCGUACCUCUGCCGGCGGGCCACAAGGACUGGGCUGCCCACGCAUCCAAACAUCUACUACAGCGUCCUGUGUCCAAACCAGUUACGGAUGCUGCCAGGACGGAGUGACGACAGCUUUGGGCCCAAACAGAGAGGGCUGCUCGGAGUAUGUGGCCCCAUCGCCCACUGCGGCACCCACUCUCCCGACUGAAAAUGCCAGACAGUGCCGUUUGACCACCUAUGGGUGCUGCUUUGACCGUACUUCAAUCGCAGCUGGACCCAAUGGAGAGGGAUGCCCCGAUCCACCCAACAAUAUUGAGCGCUCCAUCUGCUCCCUGCCCCGUGCGGCUGGCUCCUGCUCGAGCUGGACACCCCGCUACCACUACGACGUCAUCACCUCCAAAUGCCUCCACUUCUGGUUUGGAAGUUGCCACGGAAACAGCAACAACUUCAUGACCCGGGCGGAGUGCCAGAGAGCCUGCCCACCUCCUGCGCCCAGCCAACAGGGUCCUGCCCCAGCUGCUUCACCCAGAGAAGAGCCCUCUAGAGGCAGUUCCACACCUGCACGUUCUGGAGGGGCAGGUGCUGGAGCAGGUGCCCGUGAUCGCAGCAUGGGCAGAGUGUUCACGGUGCAGAGCGGCUCCUCCCCCGGGGGUAGGUACGGGACAAAUGCGGCCACACACGCCCACAGAGCUCGUCUCGCCAUGAGGCCACGCCACACGCCCGAGGCUGCGUCUGCCCCAGCUGCCGCACACACCGGCCCUGCAGCCAGUUUGACCCUUGGCGGCGUGAGCAUUGAUAAAUCUGACCCAGACACGGUGGAGGCUCUUGUGGGGCAGACGGUGGUACUGCCCUGUAGAGUCAGCCCUCUGCCCUCGUCCACUGUCUCUGUGGAGUGGAGGAGAGACGGCCUCCCACUGUCCACCAACAGACACCAUCAGCAGCCCAAUGGGUCACUGUUGGCCGGGCCCUUAAUGAAGUCAGACAAAGGGUGGUACCUGUGCGUCGCCACCAGGGAGCAGGAGCGAGACCACCGCUACAUUUACCUGUCUGUCUCUGAGGGAACCGCUCCUCUGGAUCCCAGCUCACUGCCCAGUGACAGCCCCUCCCCAAAAUUCAGCAUUGAUCAGAGCGAUUUGUCUCUGCUGGAGCUGAGAGAAGGACAAACUGCUCGACUGGCCUGCACUGUGCUGCCUCCUUCUGCACUUCAGUCGGUCAGUAUUCAGUGGACCAAGGACGGACGCACGCUCACAGACUCAAGGUUCACUUAUGUGUCUGAUGGGACUCUAAUCGUGGGUCCCCUGAGGCCUGAGGACGCUGGUCUGUACACCUGCACCGUGUCCAGUCCACAGCAGCUGGAGCAGAGGCAGAUACAGCUUAGAGUGCAAGGUGAUUUGAAGAUCACCACUGCCCCCAACAACAUUGAAGUGUCUGAAGGCAGCACAGCUCUUCUGCCCUGUGUGGUGUCCGGAGACAACGUCAGUAUACGCUGGUCCAGAAAUGGAGUCCCAGUGAGACCGGACGGCCGUCGGCUCCUGGUUUCGUCUGAUGGGAGCCUGGUCAUAAACAGAGUGAAGCCCUCAGACGAAGGCACCUACAGCUGUAACGCCUUCACCGGGAUCUACUCUGUGAGCGCCACUGCGGAGGUCCGGGUCAUCAAGGAGACAACGCAUGAUAAUGACGUUCCUCUGGAUUGUGUGGACCAGCCAGAGCUCGCUAACUGUCAGCUGAUCGUUUACGCCCGGCUCUGCUCCAACCUCUACUUCUCCAGUUUCUGCUGUGCCAGUUGUACCAAACAUCUGAGGAACGAACGGUUUAAACGAUUCGGAUAGAAAUUAGAUCAGGUUAAAACUACGGUACAGAAAAGAAAAGAGAAAAAAAACAUUUGAGCUGCUUGACACUUAAAAACAUUUAUUAAGUGCGACAAAAGGACUCAAGACUCUUCAUGAGAUCUAUGAAUGUACGGUACAUUUCCUCAUACUGACCUCAUAGUGUUAUUAAAGGCAGUUGAAUGUGAUGCAGAAACAUUCACUGGAUUUGUUCCAUGUUCUCUGUUUUUAGAGAAAACUAUGACGUUGUUCUCAAGUUACUGCUGUAUUGUUAAGUGUUGUAUCUGUGUAGUCUCUAGAUAAAGCUCAUUGUUACUUUGUAAUAUACAUGAUAUUAAAUACUUUAUUUUGAUUUAA